CGGGGGCUGCAGGUAAUGAGGUUUGCUGUUGAGGAGAUCAACAACUCCAGUACCCUCCUGCCUAACGUAACCCUUGGUUACCAUAUAUUUGAUCACUGCACUGACGCUCACAAUUUGCCAGACAUCCUCCAGUUAUUCUCUGUUAAUGACUCUGUAAAUCUCAAGCAGAUGUAUAACCACUACCAGUCUCAAGUUAUAGGCUUCAUUGGUGCCUUCACUAGCACUGAAACUAUCAAUCUGGCUCCAAUGUUCAUGAUGGAUCUGAUUCCGAUGGUCAGUUACGGGGCCACCAGUUCUACCCUCAGUGAUAAAGUGACAUAUCCAUCCCUCAUAAGGACCAUGCCUAACAACAAAAGUCAGAUUGAACUCAUCAUUCACAUCAUCAAGUAUUUUGGUUGGGACUGGGUGGCGUUUAUUGCCUCCAAUUCUGAGUAUAGUAACAAUGGCUUUCAACUGUUUGUUGAACUGAUUAAAAACACAGGCAUCUGCCUGGGAUACAAAGAGCUACUCACUGACCAAUCAAAGUUGAACACAACAUUUCAUAGGAUAGACACACUCAAGAUUAAUGUCAUUAUCCUUUUCAUUGGGUCAGUCUUUGCUGAGAAAAUUAUCACCACCUCAGUACAACUUGGCGUCCACAAUAAAGUCUGGAUUGCCAGUGAUUCCUGGUCCAUGAACAACUAUUUGCUCACACUCCAAGGAAUAGCAACUAUUGGCACCAUUAUAGGUGUGACACCAACAGUUGUUCCCCUACCUGGCUUUGAUGAGUUCAUUUACCAGUCACAACACAGAGGCGAUUCUGUCCACAGCGUUGAAGUCUUCUGCAACCAGGCCUGUGAUAACUGUUCCUCAGUCAGCCCAGAGGAUGUCAUCAAUGAAAACCCUGUCUUAUCUUUCCCCAUUUAUUCUGCUGUGUACACCAUGGCAAUGGCUUUGCACAAUGUUCUACAGUGCAACCAUUCAGGAUGCAACUACAUUUGCCCAGUCUACCCCUACAUGCUUCUACAAGAAAUCAAACGCUUGCAGUUCCACCUGAAAGAGUUUUUCAUAUCUUUUGACAAGAAUUUGGACCUACAUUCAAGCUACUCUAUUCUGUUUUGGGACACCAGUAAUCACUCCGUGAAGAUUCAUCAGAUUGGCACGUACAGCAACUAUCCUGUGUCAAAUCUGACUAUUUUUGACACAGAUCUAUACUGGCAUGACAGUGGAGUGGUGCCAUUUUCUAACUGCUCUGUGGAGUGUAAACCAGGGCAUGUGCGGCAGAAGAAUGGUCUUCAUCAGUGCUGUUUUAUUUGUGUGAAAUGCCUCAGUAACCAUUAUGCCAACCAUACAGCUAACCUGUAUUCAUGCCUGAACUGUGACAAGUAUGAGUGGUCCGAGGCUGGAAGCACGUCAUGCCAGACACGUUCCGUGGAAUACCUCCACUUCUCCGAUGGCUACUCCAUUGUCCUCAUGGUCUUUGCAUCCUCCUUCAUGCUCCUGUGUCUGGGGGUGGCCAUGCUGUUUGUCAUGCACCGCUCCACGCCUGUAGUGCGGUCAGCAGGGGGCAGCAUGUGCUUCCUGAUGCUGGGCUGCCUCGCCGCUUCUGCCAUCAGCAUCUUCUUCUACUUCAGCGAGUUGUCAACCUUUAGCUGCAUUGUUAGGGACUUAGUAUAUGCCUUCUUCUACACCGUGUGCCUGUCCUGCCUGUUCGUCCGCUCCUUCCAGAUCAUUUGCAUCUUCAAGAUGGCCGCCCACCUGCCCAAAGCGCACGCAUGGUGGGUGAAGCACAAUGGCCAGUGGUUGGUGGUAGCUGCCCUCUCUCUCCUCCAGCUCCUGCUCUGUACCCUGUCAAUGGCCACAAGUCCCCCUUUGCCAAAAGAGGACACAUCAUUCAAAGACCAGAUUGUCCUCAAAUGUAAUGCAAAUAAUAUAGUCAUCUCAUCUUUACCUAUUGGUCUCAUGUUGAUCCUCAGUGGGCUUUGUUUCUGCUUCUCCUACAUGGGAACAGACCUGCCCAAGAACUACAAUGAGGCCAAAGCCAUCACUUUCAGCAUGUUGUUGUUUUGUCUGAGCUGGGCCAUCUUUAUCACAGCUGACCUGAUGUCCCACACCAAGUAUGUGCAGGUGGUGAAGAUUGUGGUUGAGCUGAGCUGUUUGUAUGGCAUCAUGUUCAGUUACUUCAUCCCAAAGUCCUUCAUCAUUGUCUUUCAGCCUGUAAAGAACACACAGGAGUAUUUCCAAGCCAGCAUUCAGAGUUACACACAAACUAUAAGCAGAAUGUAG